AUGGGUAAAUUCUCCUUCCGGCAGUUGUUCAAGCCAAAAAACAGACCCUCCGAACCCGACUAUCUUGCUUACCCUCCCGAAAGCCUUCCAUCCGGACCGUCAACAUCCAACUUCGAUGUGAACUGCAAUUCCAAACUCAUCUUACCGACCGACUUGAUCCCACUCAUCACCUCUUUCGCCGACCAGCCGACCCUCGCCGUCCUAGCUCGAACCACCAAGUACUUCAACAAACUCGCUAUUCCCCUGUUAUACAGACAUAUCAAGCUAUUUAGCGCUCAGGCAGUCAAGUACUUUUGCCUAUACAUGUUUUACGUCAAACCUGAAGACCAAAUCAAGCUGAUUCGAUCCAUUCACAUUCACUUCGAACUGAUCAAAUGGGAUGUCGAUCUAUUUACCUUACGCAAGGAGUGGCCCGAGAUCGCACCGCAACCAUGGGCUACGGCAAUAUUAUAUGAUAUACCUGAAUUGGUCAUUACCAGCUCUGGGCCGACGAAGAUAGCAGGGAAUAAUAUGGCUCAUCGAACGCUUUUAGAUGAUCUUGUAGGAGAUUGGCUGAAUCUGUUAGUAGGAAUAUAUGGACCCAGGAGAUUUAUAGGUAAACAUUAUACAAUGUCUGAAGAAUCAAGAAACGACCGUGGAGGAGAGGAGGAGAAAGCAGGUGUGAAUUGGUCAGAACAAACAUUGUUCAACUUGAUGUGCCGAUGGAAAAACUUACAAUACCUCAGUUUACCGAUAAUACCCUAUCGUCACAAUUUGCCGGCUGGCUUACUCGCCUCGCUAGAAUCUCCAAAAGGACCAUACAAAUUCCUCAAGGAGAUUGAAAUACACAGUACGAAUUUCGAACAAUUCGGUGGAAAUGGGGCGGCACUAGUCCAGUGGUUGGACGCUGUGUCGAGGAGGAAUGGUGAAUGGAUGGAUCCGGUAGAAGAGAAGAACAGGGAAGAUAGAGAAGAAUACGAAAAGAUGGGAUUACCCAUACCCAUCAAAAUGCAAGGUGAAGAACCGGAUAGGAGGAUAAUAUUGAGGAUUAGAGAACCUACAGAGAACAGCUCGAUAGGUGAAGUGCAAGAGUGGAUUGCUGGGAAAGAACCGAGGAACAGAGUGUUCAAGACUGCGGCUGAAGGUUGGGUGCUGGGUCGUUAG